AGAACGCUAGGAGGUGGCAGCAGCCACGUCCCCCUCACCAACUCCCAGCGAGUCCCCCCCACGAUUCCCCCGUCCUCGAGAAGGAAAUUGAUGCCACGGCACUCAAGGAGCCCCAGGGACCUGGGUGACCCACCCGAAGAUGUGGCCCACACCUGCAGAGAUGCCAGGCCCAGGAGGGUCCUCCAACGAGGCAGGAACACCUGCAGGACGCCAGAGGAGCCCUCGCCAAACAGAAGUGAGCAGGGAGGGGAGAGGCGAGCCCUGGGAUCUUCACGGGCAGCAAGGGGCUGAGGCUCAGAGACGUCAGAUGGAUGACUCCUUCCUGCUGCCCAUCCGCAUCAACGCCACAGCCCCGGGCCUGACUCAGUGCAUGCUGGGAUGUAUGUCCUGGAUCACCUGCCUGGCCUGCUUCCUGAGGACUCAGGCCCACCAAGUCCUGUUCAACACCUGCAGAUGCAAGCUGCUCUUCCAGAAGCUCAUGGAAAAGACAGGUGUCCUGGUCCUCUGUGUUUUUGGAUUCUGGGUGUUUUCAGUGCACUUACCAUCCCAAGUGCAAGUCUGGCAGGAUGACAGCAUAUCUACUCCACUGCAGAGCUUGAGGAUGUACCAGGAGAAGGUGCGACAUCACACUGGGGAAAUCCAGGACCUCCGAGGUAGCAUGAACCAGCUCAUUGCCAAGCUCCAGGAGAUGGAAGCCAUGUCAGAUGAGCAAAAAAUGGCCCAGAAAAUAAUGAAGAUGAUACAAGGAGAUUACAUCGAAAAGCCGGACUUUGCCCUAAAGUCUAUAGGGGCCUCCAUCGACUUCGAGCAAACGUCAGCCACGUACAACCACGACAAGGCUCGCUCCUACUGGAACUGGAUCCGGCUGUGGAACUACGCGCAGCCGCCGGACGUGAUCCUGGAGCCCAACGUGACACCUGGCAACUGCUGGGCUUUCUCGGGUGACCGUGGCCAGGUGACCAUCCAGCUGGCCCAGAAGGUCUACCUGAGCAACCUGACGCUGCAGCACAUCCCCAGGACUAUCUCCCUGUCGGGCAGCCUGGACACGGCACCCAAGGACUUCGUCAUCUACGUGAGCGCCCCGGCAGGGCCGUGCUUAGCUAAGGGGACAGCCUCGUCGUGGCGGGGCUACAGGCACUGUGACAAAAUGGCAUGGAAGGCUCCCCCCGGGAAGAGGUGUUCCUGGGGGCGUUCCAGUUUCAGCCAGAAAACAUCAUUCAGACGUUCCAGCUCCAGAACCAGCCUGCUCGGACUUUCGACGCAGUCAAGGUGAAGAUAUCAAGCAACUGGGGGAACCCGCGCUUCACCUGCCUGUACCGCGUGCGAGUGCACGGCUCUGUGACGCCCCCCAGAGAGCAGCCCAGCUAGAGCCCCUGCCCCGGGAGAGAUUAAAGUUUAUUCUUCACG